AUGGCAGACGGUGGAAAUUCAAACUACAACUCCUACGGUGGAGGAGGAAAUAAAAACUACAAUGCCUACGCUGGUGCAACUGGAGGCGGCAACUUCGCCUCGGAGGGGACGAAAAGCUACAACCCUUACGGUGGCGGAGGUGGAGGUGGAGGUGGAGGUUUCAUGUCGGGGGAAACCAACAGUCCCUCUGGAGGCAAGACUGGCGGUGACGACAAGACUAUUCGCGCUGUGACAAUUAAGCAGAUCAACGAUGCAACCUCCCCAUACCCCGAGGCACCCUUCCAGAUCGACUUCAGCGAUGUCGGCAAUGUGACAUUCAUAGCCAGGGUGCGCAACGUCAGCAAGCAGAGCACCAACGUCACAUAUGUUACCGAUGACUAUACAGGCAGAGUGGAGGUGAAGAAAUGGAUUGACGGGGAGCAUGCGGAUAUGGAUGAGAAGGCGAGCCCCAUUCAGGUUGGCGUAUAUGUUCGUGUGCUCGGUGUUAUCAAGUCAUUCGGCCAAAAACGAUACAUUGCUGCACACAGCAUCAAUUUGAUGACGGAUCUCAGUCAACUCUACUGCUUCAUGCUUGAAGCCACAGCUUCCCACUUGCUCUUCACCCGAGGUCCCCCUGGUGGUGGUAACACUGGCGGAGGUGCUGCUGGUGCUGCUGGUGCUGGUGGCGCAGGCAUGGAUGGAGUGGAAUACCACAGUGGCCAGAACAAGGCCCUUUCUGGCGUGACUCCGUUUGCCAGAGAUAUGUACAACCUCUUGUGUACAGAACCCCAGGACUCUAGUGGUCUUCACAUGCAAACAAUUGCGUCAAAGCUGGGGCUUCCUGCCAUGGAUGUCAGCAAGGCUGGUAAUGAGCUUCUCAACGCAGGCUUGAUCUUUUCGACGCUGGAUGAAGAAACAUGGGCUAUUCUUGAGCAGUGA